AUUGAGCAGAUUACCAGUUCAUAUGAGUCAGAGGCGGUGACGAGUCUGAAGCUGGUGAAGGGUCAUGCCUACUCUGUCACGGGCGCAGAGGAGGUUCAUUCCUACGGCCGUCUGGUUCAGCUGGUGCGUAUCAGGAACCCGUGGGGUCAGGUGGAGUGGACAGGCCCUUGGAGUGACAAUUCCAAUGAGUGGAACAGCAUCCAACCAGAGGAGAAAGCUAAAUUGGUUUAUUCAGGUGAAGAUGGAGAGUUCUGGAUGGCCUAUUCAGACUUCAUACAGCAGUUCUCAAAGUUGGAGAUCUGUAAUCUGACUCCAGACACUCUUUCCAGCGAAGAUGCGAGCCACUGGAACUACAACCAGUUUGAAGGCAACUGGAGGGUGGGAUCCACUGCAGGGGGUUGCAGGAACAACCCAGCUACAUUCUGCUCAAACCCUCAGUAUGUGAUCAAGUUGGAGGAAGAAGAUGAUGAUCCUCUUGAUGGAGAGGAUGGGUGCACGAUCCUAGUGGGUCUGAUGCAGAAAGAUGGUCGUAAAGACAAACGGUUUGGACGAGACCUGAACACCAUUGGCUUCGCUAUCUAUAAGGUAACUAUAUUGCAGAUGCAGUUCAUGGGUCGAAAUAACAUUAAUCUCGGUCCUGAUGUACUGCUGCGUCAGCGGUCCAUUGCAGGGAGCAACACCUUCAUCAACCUACGAGAGGUGAGUGAGCGCUUCAAACUGCCUCCGGGUGAAUAUGUCAUCAUCCCCUCCACUUUCGAGUCGCAUCGCAAGGGAAGCUUCGUACUGCGUGUGUUCACAGAGAAAGAGGCUGCUGCCAGCCCGAUGGAUACGGAGAUCAGUGCAGACGUGAAAAAGCAAUUCAUAUCCGAGAGUGAUGUGGACCCACAUUUCAAACACCUUUUCAAUCAAACUGCUGGAAAUGACUCAGAGGUGUCUGUGUUUGAACUACAGCAGAUCCUGGACAGUGUUACCUCGAAACAAACUGAUGUGAAGACAGAUGGAUUUAGUAUGGAAACCUGUCGCCACAUUAUCAGUCUGCUAGAUAUUCCAGAUGAG